AUGUUCUUAACAGGCGGGGAGAAGAACUUCAAGAUGAAGCUCUCCCUGGUUUUUGAGCUUCUACUUAUAUUUGUACUUUUGGCGUUCGCCGCCUCUAAAAACAUCGGAAGAAAAAAGACUACCAAAACUGGUAUCCAAAAUAAAAACAGCGACGUUAAAAUAGAAGAUAAUAGCAUCAAUAGGUAUUGCAAAUGUGCGGAACUAUUCUGUAAUUGUUGUAGAGAUUUUCAAGUACCUCUGGUGAAUUUGAGUGGUGCAGGAUGUGCAACAUUAAUGUAUCUGAACAACGACAAGAUGUCUAUAUCUUUGAGUUUUGGACGAAAAGUAAUCACUAACCGCACAUUGUCAAGUCGCAAACCAAGUCCAGUUUGUAUGCCUUUGCCUGGAGGAAUAUCCAAAUUUUGUGGACGAGUUUAUAAUAUUGCAAGAUCUGGCGAAGAAUUCAGAGCUUGUCUUGGUUUAGAGCUCCAAUCUAAAAAUACGAUAGAAGCCGCCCUUAGAGUGUCUUGCUUUAAAUUUGGGCCACGGGGGGUUUCUUCUGAACCAGCCGAUCCGUUACCGUUGGUCCCUCAAGAUGAGAAGAAUCCUGAUGAUGACGAAGAUGAUUAUGAAGAUGACGAAGACGACGAUGAUGAUGACGAUUUAGGGCUUAGUGCUGAUGAUGAUUAUGAAGGAAUAACGGGCGAUGAUGAUGACGAUGAUGGUGAGCUUGAUGCUGUCAAUGAUGUUGGCGGCGCUGACUACACAGGUUUUAGUCUUUUAGGAGAAGACUUACUCGGAGACCUGUUUGGCUCGGGUGGUAAAAAAACGAACAAGAGUAAAAAUAAACAAGCUCCUAUUUCUUCUUCAACAACAAGGCGUCCUCGUCCUUCACGUCGACCAACAAGGAGACCAGCUACACGAGUCACAACCGUAAGACCUUUUGCGACUAGAUCAACCACAGUAAGAGUUCGCCCUGUGACUCAACGAACACGCCGACCAACAAUACGACCAAUCGGACGUCCUUCUAGAAGACCUCCUUCACCUACUUCAGUUGUAUCUUCAACUAUUUCUUCAAAACCAGUAGCACUUGUAGAUUCCGACACUCCUACUAAAAGUGUAGAAAAUAAGACAACUGUUGAUACUAUAAACCAAGAAUCAGUUUCCAAUACUGAAACAAUAUCACCACUUCAGUCUUUUACAACAGUGAAGCCUGGUACCACCUUCGAAGACCCUAGCCUUGAAAUGUCAGUAGCUCAUAUUACUGGCCAGCUUGCAGUUAUGCCCAUUACUCCAGUUUUACCUGAUGAAAAAGAAUCAAAUUCGAAAAUACCAGCUCAUACUGAGGUGAAUUAUGAAAAAAUUGAAACGGUGACACCAAAUAAGCCAUCUACGGCAUCGCUUAAGCCAUCCGAAAGUGUUAAUGAUGAUAUGAUCCAAAUUGUUCAAAAUCUUGAUUCACAUUCCGAAGAAGUCGUAACGGAAAAAGGUUUUUCUAAUCCUGAAGAAAAACGAUCAUAUGGCACAAACCACGAAAAUUCGUUUUUAAAUAACUAUUAUGAAGGCCUUACAUUAUCGAAAAAUAAACAUAAAGGUGGUGGAUUUCAACUAGAUGAUCUUGAUGUUUUGGAUCUAACUAAAAUUGGAGAAAGCGUAGGCCAACAACUUGGUAUUUUUGGAAGAAAUAAAAGACAAUACAAAAACAAACAUUUUAAGAAUCGUAAAGGUUCAGAAAGCAACAACGAUUAUUCUGAUAUUAUUGGAGAUUUUUCGGAAACCGUAGGCUCAACCGAUCAUGAGGAUAGUAGGAAUAGAAAAGAUAGAAGGAGGCAAAAUAAAAUGAUGCGAGGUGAUGUUAUCGUUUCAAAAGACAGAAAAUAUGAAGUGAUACAUUUUAGAGUUCCCAAUUCUGUUUGGAAACAAGCGUUAAAUCCAACACCUAUACUGAAAUCACCAGUUACUAUAGUUUUGCCCGUACAAGUACCACAGGAUGAAGAAGAUGAAGUUUUGGAGGAAGAAGUAGAAGAUGAAACUCCAGAAGCAAUUGAAGAUGUUACACCAGCUAACGUUAAUGAUGAGUUGGAUAUACAAGCUGUAACACAAAAUCCAGUCACAACAAUUUCUACUGUAAGUCAAGGUCCUAUUGAAGAGAACGAAGUUAACGACACACCUGUCGAACAAGUUGAGGGUCAAGUUGUAAGAUUUCCUUGCAAUUGCGUUAAAAGACAAUGUGGGUGCUGUACAGGAUCGAUAUUAGAAAGAUUUAGGAUGAAGGCAUGUGGUAAUAUUACAUUUGUACCGGAAGAUUUUAUUUUUGACGUUAAAUUAAGCGUCAAUAAUAAUACCGUCGUUCGACGUAGAGUUUCAGCAAGUGACCCACCUCCUAUUUGUUUUAAUCCCAGAAGAGCACCUUUUGUGCGUGUUUGCGCAGAAAUUUCUGAUAUUCGGGUCAGAAACGGAAAUGCGUUUGCGUGUUUGGACAUAAAUGCGGAUAUUGGUGGCUUCCCUAUUUACUCGGCUUCGUUUAGAUGUUUCGGAUUUGGAUCAUCCGGUGUUCAAACAGGAUUAAAGCCUAAACCUAUAUCAUCCGGUCCAAAGCCUGUUAAUUUAUUUGGCAAUGGAAAUAAUGAAGACAGUGGUGGAUUUUUGGAAAAUGCUGCUGGAACACUGUUAGGCGAUGGAAAUGGUGGAGGCCUUUUUGGAAGACCCAACGAUAGCGGACCGCUUGAUGACAUUGGCGAUGCAAUCGGAGAAUUAUUUGAAUAA